GUUGACUCUCGAGCCAUGGACAGGCCAAGGGAAAUUGUAUAGAACUUGAACUCAGGCUCCCACACCUUGAGAUGAAUUUCUACUUAAUGGAAUCGACAGCGUUAGAACAAGGCAGGUCAGUUUGCAGCAGGGCACAUCUCACAAAGGCUGGACGAGGCAUCGAGCACUUGCCCAAUGUCCAUUUCGGGUUACAACAGGAGGGGUUUUUUCAGUUGCUCGGAUUGAUCGUGAAGGCAAUUUAUGUAGCAGUCUAGGCCGGUGCCUAUCUUGCAAAGCGAUAGAGGCGAAAAUUCUCCAUCCGUGUCGUGGCCGAAAAUGAAUCAUUCACAGAGCGGCUUGCUCUAAUGUUCGAGGCGCUGCAGAUUCGUCGAAUAGAGGGGUGUAUAUUUUAUGCAAUUUGCAAGUGGAGAAGGCGGACUUCUAGGAGUGGAAUGUGACGAUUAGGGUCCAGUCUAAUGAUUUAUGGCCCUGUGUACUGACUGCUCUGAGCUUCCAAGCUUUGAACGAUCGAGCUGCAGCUGGUUGAACGGAAAUCUGUCCGAAGGUUGGUGAGCAAGGUUACCACAAUGGAGAUUGCACAGAUUAAAAAUUAUGCCUUAAAAGUCCUGAUUUUGGCUACAUUUCUAGGACUUUUUUGGCUUUGCAUCGUCUUUGGAGCAUUCGCAAUCGACGGGGACAUCGUGUUCACGGGGAGGCAGAUUACGGUGGGCGUUUUUCUCAUAAUUUUUGGAGCAGUCGGCACUUUAAUUGUAACUUGCAUUUGCUGCGCGGGAAUAGAAAAUGCUCAGGUGAUCUGCAACGUGGAAUGCUGCUGCUGCUGAAGUUAAGAAUACCGAGUUUGCAGGCCGUUGUACUUCUUUCUUAACUCUAAUUAAGAAGGGCCUAGCCCUGAGUAGCGUGGCGAGAUACUGAAGAAAGCCUCUCGCCAGGCAGCGAUGAUAGACUCCCCCUAAGAAACAGGCGUUCCAGCCUCUUGCGCCUCGUGGUUCCUUGGUCCAUUUCCGUAAAUAAUAAACUUUGUGAUAAGUCGCUAAAUUGCUCACAAGUGAAACGCUCGCUCUGAGCUGGAAAUCUGGUGUCUGGGGGCAGGUGCCAAUGAGAACCUACUCUCGUCGUGUGAGAGUUGCAUGUCACCGUUUUAAUGCAAUCCAUGGCGUUUGAAUGUGAAUCAUUUCCAGCUGACAGUGUUCCCCUGACCGGAGCCAGCCGCACUGUGAAGUGUCAGAAGAGAAUUUUCGGCCCAAUCGUACAAUUCUGUUACGAGAAUGUGCAAAAGGUUAAAAUUUGCGUCCAGCGAGUAAUAAAAGGGAAUGUGGAACACCGAAAUUUGGUCCAUCCCAACCCGAGACGGUUCGGAG